AUGAGCAAUCCGCAAGCCACGCUACAGAGGCAUGCCCUCAAUCGUAUAUCAACAUUUAUGAUCGCAAUUUUCACCCUCAUCACGAGAGUGGUUGAUUCCCGUGUACUGUUGCGCAAAGAGACAGUCGGUAAUGAACUGCAUCUCUUCUUCUGCCACAAAGAAGACUUGGGCGAUCAAUUUGUUGCUCAAGAAACAGGAUACACAUCCAUUGAGGCAGAAGAAGCUAUGGAAUCCCACAAUUAUUGCGUUUUCGUGUGCAAGGUCUUUGCUGGGAUGCUGGCUUGGUUGAUCGAGGAGCUCCACCUUCCAAUCACAGUCGAUGAAGCAGACUUGAACGACGUCUUCGAGGCCCAGCCUGUCGUUUGCAUCGAUGUCAUUACGUGGGAACGAAGAAGAGUCGCACCUGUUCACACAAUGUUCAAGAUCCUCUCCUCGGACGCUUACCCAGAAUCAGACGGACUCGUUGAAGAAGAGGGACUGUACAUCGAAGCUUCAGCGCCUCAGUACCUCCGCCCAGCAGGACUAUACGCCGUCUGCAGUUAUCCUGCACGACCACAAUCCUCUACGCAGCUCGGUGGUGCCUACGAGGCCCACCUUAAGAAGUUACAUCAAGCCGCUACUUGGAGCAAUUACAGAACAGAGGCCGUUAUUCGAACGAUCAACAACAAGAUAUACGCGAAGAUGAAUGGGCUUGGAGGGCCUGAGAUUCUGCUGGAUAAAGACAUCGCGAAGUGGGAAAGCUUCGAGAGGGAGAUACUUGCUUCCGUCGAGAUCAGUCUUCGGUCUCUAGUUACCAAUCUAGACCUACUGUACGCUUUCGAAAAGCCUGAAUUCCUUCAAAUACGCGUCAUUCCCGACAUUUUUCUGACACGGCCAAUCCAUAUCUUCAGUAUUUGCGGAAACCCCUCCAACCCACAUGUCAGGAUGUCCCAAUCGAGAGCAGCUAUUACAUGUCGUGACAUCGCUUGCAAUCGCCUGGUAAGCAGUGCCGUACCAUAUCUGAGCACGCGCGGUUGUGAUACGCGGAUCCUUGUUCAGUUUGAUACCCACAUGUAUUGCAGCUUUGACUGCCAAAGCCGCAAUGAGCGCAUCCAGAAGCUAGACCGUAUCGAACUUCUAAUCACGGCUUUGUUCUUCGAAUACAGCGAAACAACAAACCCCUACCCAGUCAUAUCAGAGACGGUUCAUCAAGAGCAACAGGGAAACUGGCGCCAAAUCCAUGCGCUCGGCAGGGCCAACCAUCUGGGUACGGUGACACUCAAGGAGAACGGUCCCCUUUCUCCUCGCGGUCGACUUGCUUUUCUCUCUUUGAAUAAAUGCACCUCUGUCCUCAUGAUAUUUGCCCCCUUGAUGGCGUUUCUCUACCAAGACCUUGACCCCUCGAUCGAGAUCCACGAAGCGCACGUCGACAAUGUACUAUCGGAUCAAGAAGUGCGAGUCCAGUAUCUAGACCCGAACGGAAAGCCUACGACAAAAGAUACAGUUGCGAGAUGGCACUCAAUGUUCCGAAUUACAAACACCAAGGAAGACCAUACCACUGAUGCGGCUAGACUCGCGCGGUUGAAUGGCACAGGAAUAUACUGCGACACCACAGCGGCUCAAUACGGUCGUGCUCCAGGACUGCAAGAUGCAAGGGCUUAUCAUCGCCAUCAUCCCGGGUCGAAGACAGUAUACUGCGCUAGCUUCGCCCACUACUACCGCACAUAUCACUUGAGAAACGUGGACAGAAACAGUGCGGAAGAUGGAAGAUACCGAAUUUACGCUCUGCAUCGGGAGGCAUACACCCAAACGAUGAACAACGUUGUUCAUCGCGAGAUCGAGGGUAUGGGUGGAACCGCGUACUUGCUGGCUAUGACACCUGAAGAUUUUGAAGCCGCAUGUACAGCGAUCGUGGCUCAAGUCCAUUCAGCACUCCUUGACGUCGCUAUUGACAUACGCAAGGUGUAUUUGAACAAGCCUUAUGAGGUGAUCUUUGAUAGUAAGGAGGAUUCGGAA